AUGGAACAUGUGGAGUCCGUCGUGCCUGCUGAGAUGCAAGACCGGUUGACAAGAGGAAUGUCUUCUGAUACAGAUCUACAACUAACGCCGAGCCCUGUCGAGGCGGAUAGCAAAAGCCUGAAUCAAAGGACUGAGGAAAGAGAAAUUGCGCAAAAUGCAGUACAACAAGCCCUUCAGGCCCUUGAGCAGGAAGCAGAGACACGGGCAGUUGCUAGUGUAAAAAGAUCAGAAGAGCAGUUUGCUCCGUCGAAAGAUGAGCGAACUGCUUCAUCAGAGCUUCCCAGCCCCGGUGUGGGACCGGCUGUGGACGCAUUAGCCGAAUCUCGCAUAUCAAAUGAACAUUCGCCAGCCACAACUCAGGAUCCUGACCAGAUUGUUCGGCAAGGUCGAGUGGCACGAAGCGCUCGAGCAGAAAAGGCUAUCACUCAACUUGAUUUAACUGGGCUGGAUGCAGCAAUAUUUAUGGGAGAGGAUGGAAACGGCCGGCAAGAGCAAGCUGAAUCACCAAUCAUCGGUCAGGCUGCGAUUCCAUCACCUCUUAAUCACCAUGAAUCGUCGGACCAUGAGCGGGGCACAGAAAACAUUGGACCUCGCGAGAGUCUGAGCGAUUUGCCUGAGCCUGCGGCCUUAAACCCGAUCAUAGGUGAAUCUACUGUCCCACCUCGACCCGCAGCGCUUCAGAAUACAGCAAGGGCCACGGAAGAGGGCGGGCCCAGCCAGCGAGAACAGGCAGAUGUCCAAACAACCCAUCAUGAUAUGGCAUCACCAGUCUCUCAGCCUCAAGAACCCAAAGAGCAUGUUCGACAGACGAACAAAAAGAAGCUACGCGAAAAUAAGGAUGCCUCGCAAGAGGCUCCCGCCUCAGGCCAAAACGUAAGUGAAUUCACGGUUCUACCUCUGCCGGAAGCGCUCCGCCCACGUCGGAACCCUCCACCCAACGCAAUUACGAUUACUUUCAAAGUUUAUGAGCAUGGAGGAUGGCACGUGACGGACCAAGUGCCGGUCAACCCGAAUGACCCAUCGGAAGCACAUCGUAUAGCCCACAAGUAUGCCCGCAAGGACAACAAACAUGCGCGCUUCUAUACCAAGAACCUACGACUAGUCAGCGCUGCUCAAUGUGUCCGAGCCGCGAUGGAUGAUGGUUCCAAUACCGUCCUCAUGAGCUUACAACAGGAUCUCGUAGUGACACGAGCCAAAGUGGCUGCGGUGGCCGAGAUGAUGAAAGCGGAUGCUCAGAGAAGGGCAGCAACUGAUGCUGAUGAUGGAAUAACGUAG